AUGACUCAAAAAUUGCCACAAACGCUAUUUAACGACAAAGGUAAAUAUCCUACGCUGACCCGUAUGUCGUACUGCCAAUGUCGCUUGCCACGAGUGUUCACGAGCGUCUUCGAGAGGUUCGGAUGGUCACACGUCGCAUUGCUGCUUGACAAGUCUGAUUUAUUCUCUUUAACAGUCGGUAAAAGUCUAGAGUGGGGCCUCCGGAAGGAGGGUGUAUUGAAGGCUGUGAGGGAACUCGACGGUAAUGAACGUGAGUCCUGUGAAGCUUUACUGAAGGAUGUCAGUAUGUACGCUAGAGUUGUAAUCCUAAGUGUUCGCGGGUCUCUGGUGCGAGAGUUCCUUCUGGCUGCACACGCACUGGGGAUGACACACGGUGAUUGGGCCUUCCUGGACGUUGAAAUAUUUCAGGGUGGGUAUUGGGGCGAAACUGGAUGGGCAGCUGAUGAUGAACGCGACGCUGCCGCUCGAGCUGCGUACGAAGCCUUGCUUCGUGUGUCCUUAAAACUACCUACGGGUGACCGGUUCGAUGAGUUUGCUGAUACAGUGAGGGCGAGGGCCAAGCAGCAUUACAAUUAUACUUUUUCUGAUGGAGAGGAGGUGAAUUUCUUCAUAGGCGCGUUUUACGACGGGGUGUAUUUGUUGGGUAUGGCACUCAACGAGACCCUCACAGAAGGUGGAGACAUUAGAGAUGGGAGGAAUAUUACCAGGCGGAUGUGGGGACGAGAUUUUCAUGGUAUAACCGGCCAUGUUCGAAUCGAUGCCGUUGGCGACAGGGACGCCGAUUACGCUAUUUUAGAUCUCGAUCCAGUUACAGGCAAGUUCGAGGUGGUGGCCUUUUAUCACGGUCUAAACAGCAGUUAUAAGCCGGUAGCUGGGAAGGCAAUCCACUGGCCAGGAGGACGCCGAGGCCCGCCGCUUGAUACCCCAAGAUGCGGAUUUUUAGGCAAUGAUCCAAUGUGUCAGGGAGGUUAG